AUGGCUGACAAUAAGGAUGACGAAAAUUUAUCGAGUUCAAGUGAUGAAGAUGAUUCAACAACAAGUUCAUCAAGUACAUCAACUGAUGAUGAUGACGAUGAUGAUGAUGAACAAAUCGAUGAAGAAUCUGAUGAUAAUUUAACAACAUUAACUCCAAAACAAGCAUAUUUGUCUCUUGAAAUCAAACGUAAAAAUCUCGGUAAACAUUUAUUAGAAUUACGUGAUGAAUUAAAAGCACAACCACAAGCUGAUACUGAUAAAAAAAAACGUUUAUUAACCGAAAUAAAAAAUUUACGUGAAAAAUGGAUUGCUGUACAAACACGUUUAAGGCCCCCCCCCCCCCCCUCCAAAAUCGAUUUUCAACAUGGUGCAUGGAAUCAUCAUGAAACUUUCUACAGAUGCUCGAGCCAUAAAGGUACAAGUGUAAAAAAAUUUUCAUGGCUCUAGCCCUUUCCGUUCGGGAGAUAUACAGGUACCAAGGGGCAAAAUGGGGGUCCCACGCGUACAAGGAUUUUUUCAAUACACUUUGAGAUGGAGCGCUCGGGCUGGUCUCAUUUGAAAGAGAACUCCUUGGUGCUUCAGAUGAGGGAAAGGGUUUUUUUAAUUUUGAUUUUUUUUCUUUGGUGGGAUCUACAAAACUUUGAAGUUCUGAAAACUCUAUGUAGGAUUUUUCAUAAAAUACCUGAUUGCUCAUAGAUUGAGAGUCAAAUAAAAAAUUCCUUCUCGUCAUCUGAAGAAGGAUAUAUCUAUCUAUCAAAUAAAAAAAACCGCAGUUUAAUAGAAUAAACUAUAGUGAAGAAAAAUUUGUUCAGAGAUUGAUAUUUUGCAAAAAACUCGGUUUUGAGAAAAACGAAGAUGACGAAAGUGAUGGUUAUUUAUAUAGUAUUAUGUCGAGCGAUGAAGACGCAUACGAACCAGGUGGUGAUGAUUUAGAUUGAACUUUUAUCUGCUUUUUAUCGUGUUUGUUUUGAAAUAAAAUGAAUAUAUAAUGAAAAAAAUCAACUAGUCAUUUUUUUGGGUCUAUACAAGUAAUAAUAGUUCCAACUAACUUAAGUU